GCCUUGUUAGAUGGUCCAGAGACUGCGAGGACGAGGACCAAAGGGCGUUUUAGGCGCUCGAAAACAGACGAAUCCAAGAAGAAUAAGGACCCAGUGGAAGCAGCCACAGCCAUUACGGCGGAAUGGUGGGUGUCCUAAUAGUUUCCACGUCGUGCUUGCUCGCCUGCUCGCGCUAUUUCUCUCUCAACUUUGAGCAUGAGAGGCCUGAAUAAGAAAGAAAAACCAAGGCAAACUUUAGAGGCUCUCCGAUUGCGAGCGAGGCAAGACAGCAACAUAACUCGCCGAAGCAACAAGUUAAGCGAUCUCGCCUCAGAUUUGAAACAGUCCGGAAUUCAAAGGUUCAACAGUCAAUUUCGGGAGCAACAAGUGAUCCACGCGGAGCGGACAACAAAGCGUGGCCCAGCUUUUCUUAUGCGAGAAACAGUGACAUGAACCAAUGGAGGUGCGUGAGAAGAGUCGUCAAUGAUCAAUGACAACGGCAAGUCUGAAUUGCCAACCAGUCUUCAAAUUACUACAGAAAUCUAAACAAAACACUCUCACGGCUCCUCACGUUUUUCCCGGAAUAAAUCCCAAUUUUGGAUUGUCCCUCUCCGACCAUCAAAUUCAGAGAUAAUUGGCUCUAAUCCAAGUGGAAAGUGAUGAGCUAGUUUUGAUCUCGAUCGAACGAGGUCUGUGAUCCACCAUCUGAAUUCAUUGAUCCCGCCACAUACCACGAUGUUCCAACCUAAACGAAGCUCCUUCAUUCAGGGCAAAGAUCAAGGCUGGCACAUCUCUCUCCACUUCAAUGUCUGACUCCAGCAAUUUAUUACAAAGUACCCAUCUCUUCAUUGAGUCUCCUUCCUCACAUCAAAUACCAGAAUUGUUUAACAUACGCAAACCAGAGAGUGCACCUUGGUACCUUUACAAUAGGAAAGUACGUGAGACAGUCAGAGAAAACAUGUUUUCCAAGGGAAAAAGCGGGUCCCGUCUCUUGGAGAACAACCCUAUCCUUCAACAUUUCGAGGUGAAUCGGUGCUACGCUAGCGGAGGACCAGAAGGGAUUUGGAAAAUCUACGAGGCUAGAAGAAAAUUGGAUGGAAAGGAAGCCUCGGUGUUUGUUUUCGACAAGAAAAGCGUGGAACGCUUGCACAGACCCAAAAAGAAGGAUCAAGUUACCGAGCUCUUGAAGGUCGGUCUUGGACAUCUCCAAUGUUACAGACACCCAAGGCUCUUGCAAGUGCUUCAUGGCCCUGAAGAGAGUGCAGACGCCUUGGCCUUUGCAUCUGAAACGGUUAUUGGCUCAAUGGCCAACAUUCUAAGCACUGCGGGCUCUUCAAUAGACGAUCGCUCCAAUGGGUCGGGUCUAAUGGGAUCUGCUGGCCAAUUGUCUUCUUUGGGCAGCACGGGAAGCAAGGAAGGAGGAUCUUCCUCCAACUCCUCGGCUGUACAACAGACUAAUUCAUUUCCUGGAGGAUUGACCAGGGACUCAGGAUCCUCGUCUUCGCCAUCAAUCACGGGCGGAGGGAGUGGAUCUGGAGGCGCCAUGCCAUCUAUAACCAUGUUGAGGGUCAAUUAUAGCUUCAUAGAUGUGGAACACCGAUAUGGCUUGUCGCAGAUCACGGAUGCCUUGACGUUCCUCCACGUGUCGUGUCGUUACGUUCAUCGCAACAUUUGUCCCAAUUCUGUGUACGUUUCGAAAACCGGGACCUGGAAACUAGCCGGACUGGAAUUCCUGGAAAAGCUCGGAGAAAUCGACAGCAAGGAAGUACCUUGCCAAGCGUGGACAACAAAAGCACCCAAAAUAGUUCAGCCAGACCUCAACUUUGUUGCCCCCGAAACUCAACAUAAAUCGGUAUGCAGUAUCUCAAGUGAUAUGUUCUCUUUGGGGAUGCUCAUGAUUGCAGUGUUCAAUGGAGGCUUAAGCCUCAUUCAAGCCAAUCAUAGCACAAACAAUUACUUCAAGCAAGCUGGAACGAUCAAUGAACAAGUGAAGAACUUUCUUCCGAAAAUCCCGGUGGGCCUCCAAGAAUCAGUAAUAAGACUUGUCAAUGUCGAUACCAGACAGAGGCCGAGCACUCAGCUUCUUUCACUCAUGCAAUACUUCAGUGAUCCAGCCGUCCAAGCACUUCAAUUCUUGGAUGUGAUCAGCAUGAAGGAUCCGAGUCAGAAGGCCCAAUUCUUCAGGACAACUCUUUCAGAAGUCUUCCCAUUUAUUCCCAGGAAACUUUGGUUCCAACACGUGUGGCCCAUUUUGGAGCAGGAACUGCGAAUCCAAGAGGUCUUGGCGGCUGUUUUAGAGCCCGUCCUCUUCAUGGUUAAAGAAUGCGAAGAGAUUGAAUACUCUGAAAUCAUCCUACCAGCACUCAGGCCAGUUUUUAGUAAUCCCAAGAGCAUCCAAGCCUCUGUCACGCUCUUGGAAAAGUUGCCAAUCAUCCUGGAAAAAUCCACCGAAGACGACCUCCACGAACUGAUCUUGCCCUUACUCUUCCACGCCUUAGACACCAAAAUGUCACAAAUCCAGAUGGCAGCUGUGAGCAUCAUUCCCAUAAUCCUGGACUUUUUCGAGGACGACAUUGUUCGAGCGGAAAUCCUUCCCAAAACGCGAUUCGUCUACGAGCAAAACGGAGGCGAUGUCAAGAUCGUGCUCGCAGUUUUGGCUUGCAUUUCCAAGAUCCUGAAUAAAUUGGACAAGCCCGCUAUAAUUGAUGAGGUCUUGCCCCUAUUGUUCGAGGUCAAGCUUCACGAUGUGAAUGUGCUUGUUCGUGUCUUGGAGAUCUAUCGGAUGAUGUUGGCCGAUAAGCGCUACGGGUUGUCGGUGAAUCUCUUGGCUACUCGGGUGCUUCCAUUGCUGAUCCCUCAAAUGGUCAAUCCCACACUUCAUUACGAUCACUUUGUGGUGGUUCAUGAAGUCCUCCAGGAAAUGUUCGAUAUCAUUGAUACGGAUGUACGACAUCAACGGAACAAACUCAAAUUGGAUGAUGCCCCCAAACUUCCGGAGUGGCAACGCUUAAGACUUCUUCACAGUUCGAACGACGUCUCCGUUCCCGAUCUUUACGUGAGGCGAGCUUCAGUGGUCCAAGGGAUCCCCAACAGCUUUGCUGGCAGGAAGAACUCCGGAGCCGCCAGUGUCGUGUCCUCAAAUUCAGGUGGAUCUUCGCCCGAGAACAAUAAUUAUCUGCGUGUUUCGGCCGCUUUUGGCCAACGCCGCUUAUCUGACAACGUCCUCACGGCUCCUGGUGGUCGACGAUUGUCUGGCGUGCUCAACUCAGGGGCCAGUUCCCCUGGGAGUUCACCUGGAACUCCGAUUGGCUUUCCCAUCCGUCGCCAUUCUUCGGCGGCAUUUGCGGCAAAUCGUCGGUACUCUUCAAAUGCUCUCCUUUCUCCUUCAACUGCGGCUCAGCAGCUGCUUCUCCACAAUAAGCUGAAUCGUCAACUGGGCGGCAGCAUGCCUAAUUGUGCCUCAAACUCGGCGUGUUCCUCCCGACGAUCCUCUCGGGGGUCUGCCGUGUCCGCGGGGAAUUACGUGAUCGGCGGCUAUGGAAGCAGCUACGGUGGGAGCGCCCAUGGGAGUGCCCAUGGGAGUGGCUAUGCCAGUCGGCGGAGUUCCGGGGGAGGCGUGGGUUCCAGACGGGAGUCCACGUCCUAUUUUGUAAACCCUUGCGACCCACACCAUAUGGGGUCACCGACCAUCUCCGAGAGUCCCGGAGCCACGGGCAGUGGAGCCGCAGCCGCCACCUCUAAUCUCCUGCAGUCUUUAGGUUCUGGCGUGGUGGGUGCAGCUGCUCAGUCUCUCUCUAAUAUUAACAUAACUUCGCCGAGAUAUCGAAAACCUUUCUUAAGCCGAUCGAAUUUUCCCUAGUAGUUGAGAGGGUCGUUCUGUAUGCAAUAUUGCUAGUGGUCAAUCCCGAGUCCCUCCCUAGGCAUAUUCAGCAUCCCAACUUGCAGAUUUCGACCAAGUUUUGCCUUAAGUCGGACCGUUAGAAGAAGGACCGUUAGAAGAAGGACCGUUAGAAGAAGGACCGUUAGAAGGUCAAACCUGAAUGAUCCCACAGUACGUGUUCAUUGCAAACAGUGCAGCACUCCAGCCUUCUCGCUCCUUAAAGACAAUUUGAAGGGGAGGAAACCAAAAAAAUGACUUCACGCCCUCUGCCGCCUUAUACAGUCAGCAGUUGGAUGUGUCCUCAUUGCAGAUUUCUUUUGUCCAUCCUUAGUAAUGUAACUAUCAUUAUUAUCAUUGUUAUUAUUAUUACUACUAUUAUUAAUGUUAUCAUUACCACCAUUAUUAUUAUCAUUAUUAUUCUCGUCAUCAUCCUGAUACGUUUUCCUCUCUCUCGCGUUUUCGUCCUCCGUUAAAUCACGGAAUGUUCCGCCAAUUCUGAGAUGAAAAAGAAACCUGGUAAUGAGCUUUUCCGACAUGUUCUUCCUUCCUCUCCUUUCCAUUGUACCCACUUUGUAUUUGAGUGACUUUCAAUUCCUAUUUACAGGUAUUUAAAUGCUCAAAAUAUAUUUUUUUUUUCGUCA